AGGGCAAUCCAGUCAAGAUGAGAAUGUAGGGCUUCCUCUAUAUAUGCAAAAGAGCUUGAAAAGCCGUCGGGUUGCUGGGCUGCCUCUGCUAUCUUUAGGGUUUUUAGAGAGAGAGAGAGAGCUGCGACAAUGGUGGCGGGAAAGAAGACUAAGAAGACUCAUGAGAGCAUCAACAAUCGGCUGGCUCUUGUGAUGAAGAGCGGCAAGUACACUCUCGGUUACAAGACCGUCCUCAGGUCCCUUCGCAGCUCCAAAGGAAAGUUGAUCAUCAUUGCGAACAACUGCCCUCCACUUAGGAAAUCUGAGAUUGAGUACUAUGCAAUGUUGGCGAAGGUCGGAGUUCACCACUUUAAUGGGAAUAAUGUGGAUUUGGGCACUGCUUGCGGCAAAUAUUUCCGGGUGUGCUGCCUCAGCAUCAUCGAUCCAGGUGACUCGGAUAUCAUCAAGAGCUUGCCUGGGGAGCAGUGAUUUAGAGAGUAAAAUUCUAAUUUUAAUGGCUGGUUUUACAGGGGGUCUGUUUGUUAUAGAGGCCCUUUCAGUAUAAUGUGAAUUUUGUUGUUAGAAGUCACCCUAGAACGGUUUUUAGAGACUAAAACCUUUGAAACCAUGUGGGGGUGUGGGACUGCGCAUUUAGUGGGUCCUAAAUGGAGACAGCUUGGAGAUCGCACCAGUUGGAUGAUA